CUUUGGGCUGGAUUGGGGCUGUUUUGGGGUGGCACGUGGGGCAGGUUUUGGGGUAUUUGGGGUCAGUUUGUGCUCUCUGACCUUCUCUGUGUCCCCCCAGCUCUGCAGCUGCCCCUGGUGAGCGAUGGGGGGGGCCGGGCCGCAGCCCCCGAUGGCCCCCAGCACGCACCCCCCGCCCGGCCCCGCCACAUGCUGGGGCUGCCCCAGCCGCCCUUCCUGGUGCCCCGCAGCGUCGAGAGCAUUGAGAUCGACCAGAAGCUGCAGGAGAUCAUGAAGCAGACCGGCUACCUCACCGUGGGGGGGCAGCGUUACCAGGCUGAAAUCAACGACCUGGAGAACCUGGGUGAGAUCGGCAGCGGCACCUGCGGGCAGGUUUGGAAGAUGCGCUUCCGUAAGACAGGGCACGUCAUCGCAGUCAAGCAAAUGAGGCGCUCCGGGAACCGGGAGGAGAACAAACGCAUCCUGAUGGAUCUGGAUGUGGUGCUCAAGAGCCACGACUGCCCCUACAUCGUGCAGUGCUUCGGGACCUUCAUCACCAAUACCGACGUUUUCAUCGCCAUGGAGCUGAUGGGCACCUGUGCUGAGAAGCUCAAGAAACGCAUCCAGGGCCCCAUCCCUGAGCGCAUCCUGGGCAAGAUGACGGUGGCGAUUGUGAAGGCCCUGUUCUACCUGAAGGAGAAGCACGGGGUGAUCCACCGCGACGUCAAACCCUCCAACAUCCUGCUGGACGAGCGGGGCCAGGUGAAGCUCUGCGAUUUCGGCAUCAGCGGGCGCCUCGUCGACUCCAAAGCCAAGACCCGCAGUGCUGGCUGUGCUGCCUACAUGGCUCCGGAGCGCAUCGACCCCCCCGACCCCACCAAACCCGACUACGACAUCCGCGCCGACGUCUGGAGCCUCGGCAUCUCCCUGGUGGAGUUGGCCACGGGGCAGUUCCCAUACCAGAACUGCAAGACGGACUUCGAGGUGCUGACAAAAGUGCUGCAGGAAGACCCCCCCCUCCUGCCCCCCGCCAUGGGCUUCUCUGGGGACUUCCAGGCCUUCGUCAGGGACUGCCUCACCAAGGACCACAGGAAGAGACCAAAGUACAACAAGUUACUGGAGCACAACUUCAUCAAACGCUACGAGACGCUGGAGGUGGACGUGGCCUCGUGGUUCAAGGACGUCAUGGCCCGCACAGAAUCCCCACGCAGCGCCGGCGGCCUCAGCCAGCACCACCUGCCCUUCUUCACCAGGUAGCACCCGUGCCACCCCCCCGUGCCACCCCCCACCUCCGUGAUGGCAGCCCCGUGUCACCCCACACGGCCACGGCGCAGCCCGGCGCGUCCUGCCGUGUCCCCAGCACGUCCCAGUAGCUCCCAGUUCCUCUGGUGUGGGCUGGAGCGUUGUGGUGCAUCCCCAGUAUAUCCCAGUAUGUCCCAGUACGUCCUGGUGUUUCUCAGUGCAACCUGGCACAUCACGUCCUCGUGUGUCCCAGUGUGUCCCGUCCCAGUAUGACCCAGUACAUCCCAGUGUGUCCUGAUGCCACCUGGCACAUCACAUCCUCCUGUGUCCCAGUGUGUCCCAUCCCAGUACCUCCCAGUACCUCCCAGUACCUCCCAGUGUGUCCUGAUGCCACCUGGCACAUCACAUCCUCCUCUGUCCCAGUGUGUCCCAUCCCAGUAUGUCCCAGUACAUCCCAGUGUGUCCUGAUGCAGCCUGGCACAUCAUGUCCUUGUGUAUGUCCCAUCCUAUCCCAGUAUGUCCCAGUAUGUCUUGAUGCCACCUGGCACAUCACAUCCUCAUGUAUCCCAUCCCAGUAUGUCCCAGUAUGUCCCAGUAUGUCCCAGUAUGUCCCAGUAUGUCCCAGUAUGUCCCAGUAUGUCAUGAUGCCACCUGGCACAUCACAUCCUCAUGUAUUCCAUCCCAGUAUGUCCCAGUAUGUCUUGAUGCAGCCUGGUACAUCAUGUCCUCGUGUGUCCCAUCCCAUCCCAGUACCUCCCAGUACCUCCCAGUUUGUCCCAGUAUGUCUUGAUGCAGCCUGGUACAUCACAUCCUCAUGUAUCCCAUCCCAGUAUGUCCCAGUAUGUCUUGAUGCAGCCUGGCACAUCACAUCUUCAUGUGUCCCAGUGUGUCCCAUCCCAUCCCAGUAUGUCCCAGUAUGUCUUGAUGCCACCUGGCACAUCAUGUCCUUGUGUGCGUCCCAUCCCAGUAUGUCCCAGUAUAUCCCAGUACCUGUGUCCUACUGCCCCCUGGCCCUCUCCCCCCUCCCACACUGAGUGACACCAGGACAGGGGACACCCCCGUCCCCAGCAGGGUGACACGUGCCUCAGUUUCCCCACUGUCCCCAUUCCUAAAUGGGGACAGAAUGGGGACGGGACGUGGCACGGGGACACCGGCAUGGAGUGUGACACGGGGAUGGAGGUGACAAAGGGAUGUGACAACGGGGAUGGAGGUGACACAAGGGGACACAGCUGCGGGGACGUGGCACGCCAGGAUGUGACACCGGCACACAGCUGUGUGCCACGGGGAUGUGACACAACGUGGGGACGUGGCACGGGGACACACGGAGAUGUGACAUUGGCACUGUGGCACGGGGACACCGAGGGGCGGCGGUGACACCAAGACGUGGGGACAC